AUGAACAAUUUCAUUGUUAAUCGUUCAUCUCAUCCAUUCAAUUCUCAUGAAGUCAAACAGAUUCUCGAACAAAUCGUUUGUCCAGCAAUCAAUCGACAAACAGAUUAUGAUUCUCUGAAAUGUAUUCAAUUAUCUAAAGAUCUUUCUCAAAUUAUCAAAGAUGCAAUGAAAUUGUUAAACUAUGAUCGAUAUAAAUACGUCAUUCAAGUUGUUCUCGGUCAAUGUCACAAUGAGAAUUUGAUGAUGACAUGUCGUUGUUUAUGGGAUAUUCAACAAGAUAAUUAUGUUUCAUAUGUUUAUUCUAAUGAAAAGAUCUUUUGUGCUGUCACUGUAUUUGGACUUUUCUAUUAUUAA